AUGUGGGCAAAUGGCCAGUGGCAGUUAAGGGGCCCUGGGCGUCAGGAGCAGAACAGUGCGGAGGGAGCAGAAUGUUGGUACAUGCGAAUCAUGGGAGAGAAACUUUUGACACUGAAGGACACAGGCUGCGGAGUUGGUGUCUUUUGGAAGACUGAAAUCGUGGCAGGUCCAGAAACUGAUGCCCAAUUCCAUUUCACUGGCAUCAGAAAAUAUUUCAACUCUUACACUCUCACAGGGAGAAUGUAUUGUGUUCUGGCCACGUAUGGAAGCAUUGCUUUGUUAGUCUUAUACUUCAAGUUAAGGUCUAAAAAAACUCCAGCUGUGAAACCAACAUAAACGGAUUCUAAACUGUACCUCAUCUGUUAAGUACCCAUGCCUGAAGAAGCUAAUGUCAGCUCAUCAUGUGAUACUCAAUUUGUACAAUAAAUUAUGAACCUGGAAAAAAAAAAA